GUUUGACAUAUAUCGUAUCAGUUUCCCACGUUGCGCAUCAUCUACGAGAAUUUUGAUUCAGUGUUCACAGAAAGAACGUUCUUGUAGAGGUCGUUACAUGAGAGUCACUGUAUCAGUAAGACUUUUGUGAAAAUGGAGGCUAGAUUGCUGCUUAUUGGAAGCUUUUUAGUGGCACUGACCCCAUUGAUGUCUCUGUCGUGUCUUCCAUGCAAACGGGUACAGUGUUCUCCUCCUACCAAUUGCAAGGGAGGUGUGGUAAAUUCUAGAGGUGGCUGUUGUAGUGUUUGUGCAAAGGUUGAAGGGGAAUUAUGUGGUGGGCAGUUGGAGAGGAUGGGACGUUGUGAUGCUGGUCUGAAAUGUGUGGUGCGGGGUGGGCAUCAUGGGGCAGGAGUAGGCACAUGUAAACCUGCUGUUUGUAAAGGAAAGAAGUGUGGGUUUCGCGAGAUUUGUACCUUAGGGAAUGAUGGCUUUCCUAUGUGCAGCUGUUCUCAAAGUUGUGCUGGUUUCAAGCAUGAGCCAGUGUGUGGAUUUUGCAAUGGAAAACAAUACAGCAAUGAAUGUGAACUCCUCAAAGAUGAGUGCCUUUCUGGGAGUGUGAUAGGAAUCAUGAGAGGAAUCUGUAAAAAGUGUUAUCAUGGUACUAAGACAUACUUAUUUGGUGAGACCAGGACAGGAAAAGACUCUUGUGAAUCAUGCACCUGUUCUCAUGGAGAAUGGAAAUGCCAUUAUUCAACUCAGUGUCAAAAGCAAAAGUCAAGAAGCUGCCAAAUAGCUGUGUUAGGAAAGAAAAGUCAGUCAGAUUGUCCUAGAGGCUUUUUUUGCAAAGUUCAGAUUCCAGGAAUUCCAGAGGCCAAUAUUCCAGAUGUAGCAGUGUGUGUACCGGAUGAUUCCUCAAAUAUUGGUGAGGGAAGUGCUCCUGCAAAAACAACAGUGCCACCACCUACUUUACAGCUACAAGGCAACAUACCAGCACAGUGUUUAUUACCUCACAGUGAAGGUCCAUGCAGGGCUGCAUUUCAGCGUUGGUAUUACAAUAAGGAAAGGAGAAAGUGCAUUACAUUUUUGUAUGGUGGAUGUGAGGGAAAUGCCAACAACUUUUACACUAAAUCUGCCUGCAAGGUUUUUUGUAUGCAACAAAACAGAAGCUCUGCACAAGAAAUCAACCAGAAGCCUUCUCAAAAAGUUGAUAUUCAUCAUACAACAGUUUCUUCACUGUCUUCAACUUCAGUUUAUAGCUUGCCAUCCUCUACCUCUGCCCCAGUUGUCACAGAAGUAAAUUCAAAGCAAAAGGAGAGGCAUACAACACUUCCAACAAAAAGGCCUCAAGUUGGUAAAGCUAAAUGUCAUGAUUCACCCAGUAACAAGUUGUAUGGUGAGGACGAAACAUGGGAACCAAAUGAUUGUACUGUCUGUGUUUGCCGUAACGGCACGUCAGAAUGCCUUGCAACAGUAUGCCGCCAUCCAGACUGUAAAGACCCUUUUUAUAUCAGAGGACAAUGCUGUCCUGUAUGCCCCUUGACGGACUCUACCACUUCAGGACAUACGGAUGCAGAUCUUAUCAAAGCUUUGGCAAAGAAUAAACUGGAUACUGUCCUAGUGAGCAUCAAUCAUGGAAAACGGCAAGGUAUGUGUCGUGACAUCCGCUCUGGACAAUAUUACCUUAUGGGUCAGACAUGGCAGUUAGAUCAGUGUACAACAUGCUACUGUGGCAAAAGUGGUAAGGCAGCAUGUGCUGUGCAGAUGUGUGAAAGAGAUCCUCCAUGUAAAGAUCUUCUCCGAGAUAACAGCCAGUGUUGUCCAAAAUGCAAGGAUGACAAUGUUGUGAAAUCAACCAGCAAGUGUUAUGACACAGUAACCAAGAAAUACUACCGAGAGGCUGAAAUGUGGCAAAGAGAUGAGUGCACCUCUUGUUACUGUGGAAGUGAUCGCAAACCUGAAUGCACUCAGACUACCUGCCCUCCAGUGUUCUGUAGGGCACCUUUGAAAAUUGAACAAAGGUGUUGCCUAGUCUGUCCAGACACCAUUCAGCAAGGCUGUGUGUAUGAUGGUCAGAAGUUUUUGCAUGGGGAUUUGAAACUGCUUCGGGAUCAGUGCACAUUGUGCAAAUGUGAUAAUGGAGAUUGGCAUUGUGCAAAGGACAGCUGUUUAGGUUCCUAAGGUUGAUACAGAUGGCUGAGUUUAGCUUGUAAUUCCAGUUAUAACCACAGCAAAUGUUGUUGUAGAUAGAGGAUCGCACUUAAUCCAGGGUUGCUUUUGUUUUUCUUUGUUUUACUAAGCUCUGUCAGUGAUUAGACAAUAAACGCAUCACCACUCCACUUGACCUGAUCAUCUAGAAACUAAUACCAAUCAUCUGUUGCAUCCUGUUGAUCUCACGCGUAAUCUCGCGCUUAUUCCUAGCCAUGUGUAUUUCCUUUUCUUUGUUUCUUACGAUGUUCGCCCUUGAUGUGAUCAGUCGUUGUGAGUCACUAUGUUUUGGUAUUGCAGUACCCAAAUGAAGAACGCUCCAAAAGUGAAAUCGUAUCCAUAUUUAGUUUUAUUAAAUAAAUAAUAUGAGAGAAAUUAA